GUCAGUACAUUACUUUAUGUUUAUUGAAUUAGUCUAAAAUUGUAUGAAGUUAGUGCACGUUAAUUGAAUUUCCACGUCAUUCGUUUUAUAAAUUACUUUAAAGUUGUUAUUUUAUUACUUAUUUGUUUUGUGACAAUUAUGCAAGCAAUUAAAUGUGUCGUUGUUGGAGACGGAUCCGUGGGUAAAACUUGUCUGCUCAUCAGUUACACAACAAAUGCUUUCCCUGGCGAAUACAUACCCACAGUAUUUGACCAUUAUUCUGCAAAUGUAAUGGUGGAUGGGAAACCCAUCAAUCUGGGCUUAUGGGAUACAGCAGGACAGGACGACUACGACCGUUUAAGACCAUUGUCUUAUCCACAGACAGAUGUUUUUCUUAUAUGCUUCGCCAUAGACAAUCCAACCUCUUUAUCAAAUGUUCGCGCUAAGUGGUAUCAAGAAGUAAGACAUCAUUGUCCAAAUACACCCGUCAUUUUGGUUGGUACAAAACUUGAUUUGCGAGAAGACAAGGAAACAAUUGAUUAUCUCAAGGAAAGGAAACAAGCCCCUGUAACUUAUCCACAGGGGUUCGACAUGUCGAAGGAAAUAAACGCAAUGAAAUAUGUAGAAUGUUCAGCACUGACGCAAAAGAGUUUGAAGACUGUAUUUGAUGAAGCCAUUCGGGCAGUUUUGCGUCCGUCGCGACCAGUGAAGCAGACUCGUAAAUGUGUCAUGUUUUAAUUUAUUGAAGAGCUAUAAUACGGCUCCAACUAGUUACAAGCCAAUACAAACAACAAAUUGGAUUGGAAGAUCGCAAAAACGAAUGUUCAUAAAAAAAAAUAGGACAAUUUACACAGCGCCAUCUAGUACUAAUUUAAAUAUUUCUAGUAUUCAAAUCACAGACAGGCAAGUGAUAGAAAUAUUUUAAUACUUUAUUUAAUUAAAUAUAUAUACUUACAAUAUUUCAGCCGCGCCAUAAGUUCUUCUGCAGGUUUGGAGUGCCAUUUGUACUCGCCCAAGCUCUAAAAGCCAGCUGCGUCCAAAGCAUUAGAAUAAUGCGAAACUUA